AUGAAUUGUUUGCCAUGCUUCGGAAGCAAGAAUCCAGAAAACAACGAACAUGAGGAUUUACCUGUGGCACAAGCAAAAGGAAACCCUUCUUCUCAACCUCCUGCACCAUCAGGGCCUGCUAGUCAAGCCAAUGACCAAAAACAAGAAAGUGUUGUUGCCGCUUCUCCUACUUCCGCUGCUGCUCCUCCUCCUCCUCCUCCUACAGCCACUAAUACGAAUGAAGCCAACGACGCCCCGAAUGGUUCAGCCCGUAGUUUUUCUUUCCGAGAGUUGGCCAUGGCAACCAAAAAUUUCCGGCGAGAAAGUCUAUUAGCUGAGAGUGGAUUCGGAAAAGUUUAUAAAGGAACUCUUGGUACAGGCCAGGUUGUGUCUGUGAAUCAACUAGACAAACAUGGAACAAAAGCAAACAAAGAGUUCCUUGUUGAAGUCAUGACAUUGAGUCUUCUUGACCAUCCAAAUCUUGUGGAUCUGAUAGGGUAUUGUGCUGAUGGAGAUCAGAGAAUUCUUGUAUAUGAAUACAUGCUAAAGGGUUCCCUUAACAAUAAUCUGCAUGACGUUCCACCGGAGAGUGAGCCAUUGGAUUGGAUGACAAGGAUGAAAAUAGCAUCAGGAACUGCACAAGGUAUGGAGUAUUUACACGAGAAGGCAAAUCCACCCAUUCUCUAUCGCAACUUCAAGUCUACAAACAUUCUGCUGGAUGAAAACUUCGAGCCGAAGCUCACAGAUUACGGGCUUAUUAAGCUUGAAAACGACUCUGGUAAUUCUAUGCAGCAAAGGAUAGUGGGCAAUGUUGGUAGUGCUCCAGAAUAUGAACAAAAUGGUGAGCUCACCCCAAAAUCCGAUGUUUACAGUUUUGGAAUUGUUCUACUCGAGCUCAUUACAGGAAGAAAAGCCCUAGACACCAGUCGCCCGAUGGACGAGCAAAAUCUUGUCAUCUGGGCACAACCCUAUUUUAAAGAGCCAAAAAGAUAUCCUGAAUUGGCAGAUCCACAGUUGCACGGAGCAUUUCCUGAAAGAAGUUUAAAUCAAGCAGUUGGGGUGGCAGCCAUGUGUGUACAAGAGGAGCCAUCUGUUCGGCCAUUUAUCUCUGACGUGGUAGCAGCUCUUGGGUUCCUCACGGUGGCUCCACCAGCAGGGUCGUCCUCACCUACAACAACCAAUCAUCCACAUCAGAAAACUCAUGAUUCAUCAUCGUCGUCUUCAUCAUCAUCAGCGGAGCCGGAACAGGGUCAGAAAUACGGUUCAGAAGAUCUUAGUAGUAGUUAUUCUGAAGAUGUGGAUGAACAAAGCCCCAUCAAAAUCAAAAGUAACAAGAUUGAGUAUGAUGAAGAUAGAAGUGGCAGUUCGUCAGAAAGUUUAUAUAACGAAGACGAUUACGAUGAGGAUGAAAGCCAACAAGAAGAAACGAACUAUGGAUCAAAAUCAAAACCAAAAAGCAUCAAAAGAAAAGUUACAUUCGAAAAAGAAAGCCCAAAUUUGUGCAAGAAAAGUGUGGAUAGGAAGUCAUCGAAAAACAACAAAACUGCCGAUGUUAGUUUGAGCAAGAAAAGUGACAACGUAUUCCAAAAUGACCAACCGAAGAGCAAUUGCAAAUUGAGCCCAAGAAGAUCAAAAAGCAAGAAACUGGAAAAUGGCGAUAGCAGCGACUGGUCAUUAUCAUCAGAUGAUGGUUAA